AUCAAUAUCAUUGUAUAGAAAUUAAAUUACUGUUGGGAACCAGGAAGUUGAUUCGUUUUAAAGACGUUUAUCAAUACAUUGCAGAGAGCAACAUUUUGUAUUGGACACCAAUGUAUAUUUCCUCAUGUUAAUGGCUGGUUUUGGUUUAAUUCUUGAUAUAGUUGGUCUUAUUUCAGUGUUUUGUUUAUGUCAAGGUCGAAUAACUUCGCCACCUGAUGGAAAAAUUCUUACCUUUUUGGAUGGAUCAACAGCAAAUAUAACGUGGUUGUUUGAUAAUGAUGUAUCAACAGUAAAUUCAGGGGUUUGGAAAUUCACAAGUAGUGAUGGUGUAUUCAGUGAUUAUCGACUUGGAAGAAUAAUUGACAAUGACCCUCCUUCAAAAAUAACGAGUUUACUUGAUGUUGCAAUUGAAAGACCUGGAACAUUGCUUUUAAAGAAUGUUAAUCAAACUUAUGAUGGAACAUACAGUUUUAUAAUUGACGGUGACACAUCUGCAGUUGUCGUUUAUAUUGCAAGGAAACCAAAGGUGACAUUGAAUUGCCCUGGAGUCGUCACGCUAAAUGAAGGUGAAAACUUCACAUGUCUAUGCAGAGGUGAAGGUGGAAAUCCUCCUGCUAAUGUUACCUGGUUUAAAAAUGGAGUCAAAAUUGGUGAUGUUGGAACAGGGCAUCAAUCAUUACUUUUAUUAAAUGUUGUUGGAGAAAAUCGUGGAACAUACAAGUGUGCAGCGACAAGCUUCCAUCAUGAAAGUUAUGCGGAAGAUAAAUCUAUCUAAGUAAUAGUUCUUUUGAAACCAAUGGUUGCAUUAAAUUGUUCCAGUCCUGUUAUCCUGAAUGAGGGUGAUAACUUUGCAUGUUUGUGUAAAAAUGAAGGUGGCAAUUCUCCUGCUAAUGUUACCUGGUAUAAAAAUGGAGUCAAAUUUAGCAAUGUUGGAACAGAGAGGCAAAAAUUAAUUCUUUCAAUUGUCGGUAGAAGAGACCGCGGAACAUAUAAGUGUGUAGCCACAAGCAACCCCUAUGGAAAAUACAGUGAUGAAAAAUUCAUUCAAGUUAUUAUCUAUAUUAAACCAACGAAUACAAUGAUUACGUUCACGAAGAACCCCGCUGUAAUUAAUGGACCACUAACCAUAACAUGUGCCUCUGAUGGGUUUCCUGUGCCAUUUUAUACUAUAUACCAUAAUGGUAAGGUUCUUAGUACUGAAAAGUGGUACAUCGUACCUCAAGUGAAAUGGAAAGAUAAUGGAACAUACAAGUGCAUCGCGGCUAAUACAUUUGGAAAGGAUUCCGUUUCUGAAUAUCUAAAAGUUACUGAAGAACCGAAACCUACAGUGCUAUCUAUAACAAGAUCAACUUCACGAUCAGUAUCCAGCACAAGCAUAAAGAAUCGUGAAGACGAAAGUAAUUUCUUCCUUGUAUUUUUGCUGGUGAAUAAUUACCAGGACGAUGUGCUUUUCACGACAAAUGUAUCAGGUCAGCUAGAGAAAUUUCGUCUUAAACCAACACAAACAGUUGUGAGGGUUAAAAGAUGGAAGACAAAGAAGACUUUGGUAGUAAGGGCUGUCGUUGCUGGUACAAACCAAAAGGUUUUCAUUAAUGGACAAUCUGUUAUUAACCUGUAUCCAACGAUUAAAGAAAUUAUUUCAUUAAACGUUCUAAAGGCGUUUUGUCGUGAUGACAAAACAUAUAAGCAUUCGAAACCGUUUGCACCCAUUUGGCUUUUGCACCAGACUUCACAGGGGUGUCGAAACGUUUGUUCAACGUGGACGAAGUCGAACACGAUGGCGUGAAAAUUUAGCAUAAAAGAGGACUGGACCCGAUCAUGGGUGGACUUAGCGGCAAAAAACGACGAAAGAAGAAGCGUUUGCUGGCCAGCGCUCAACCAAAGGAGUAUGUCGUGAACGACAAUGCAUUGUUACCAGAUGGUAAAGUGUUGUCGUGUUUUCAAAGAUGGAAACAUCAAUCAAUGAUAGAUCUUCGAGGAUUUCCAUACUGGGGUACAAUCACUAUGUACAGCGGUAGCGGCUAUGCAGCAAACCUUGGUUAUGACACUGUCACUGCUUACACUGUGGUUGCUGAACUUUAGGACUAGAACAUUGCUAGUGUAAAAAUUCAAUGUCAUUGUAGCUAUCUUUCAUGUUUG